AUGCCCCUAGUACAAUAUUCUGAUUCGGAAUCCGACUCGGAAUCUAGAUCUUCUCUCCGCCCAGCCAAGAAACCUCGCCACAAUAUCAGUUCAAGUUCAUCGCUACCGCCCCUACCUGCAUCAUUCCACAACCUCUAUGCCUCGAGCACACGUGUGAGUGUGCAAGACAACCCCAGCCUCCAUGGAGGCCGAAAACGCGUAAUUCCGCAUGUGGAAGGAAACUGGCCAACACAUCUUUACCUCGAAUGGUACCCGGGGAAAGACGAGCUAUCGCUCCUCGCAGAUGUCAUCUCUCAGUCUGGCCAUGUCCCAGAUGAAAACGCACCAGUAGUGCAUAGUCUUCUCUAUAGCGAUCUGGGUGCCCAGCUACCCCUUCAUAUCAGCCUGUCUCGCCCGGUGGUUCUUCGCACCGAGCAGCGUGCGUCAUUCACUGAGGCGCUGCAAAAGGCUAUUCAGGACUCGCAUGUUUCAUCAUUUGACGUCCAGCCGGACACUCUAUAUUGGUCAUCUAACUAUGAAAAGACACGCUGGUUUCUCGUCUUGGGCGUGCAGAGACCGAGCCAUGAUGGUUUGAACCGCCUCUUGAAGCUGUCAAAUGACAUUCUUGCUCGCUUUGGCCAGCCCCCGCUUUAUGCAAUAUCUUCCACUCAGGGUCAGCAGACCAGUGUAUCCCUCAGUAAUAGGAGCAGCAAUGUAAGCGGGGAGGAUUUCUCGGGGUGCUUCCAUAUCUCACUUGCUUGGAGUCUGUCAGAGCCCAGCCUAAAGGAACGUGAACGGGUUGCUGGGAUAGAUUUACAAGCUUUACGGGAAAUCCAGGUUGGAUUCGAUAGUGUAAAAGCAAAGAUUGGGAAUAUUGUCGGUAGUAUACCAUUAGAAAAAAUCUCAUAA